GAGGUAGACAAAAGCGGGACAGACAUCUGCGGAUGUCUUCGGCUUCGUUGUCUUUCGAGGACACCAGGCGGCGCUUUCUUAUUGGCGCCGGAAGAUGGGUAGAUCUCCAUGGGGAGCAGGACAAGAGCGGUAGUUACGAUGCAAAUCUAUGAAUGAUGCUGUGUCUUCCUUGAUGUUAUAAGCGUGUUUUUCCAUUAGGCACAAGGCUCAGCCGCAGAUUUUCUUUGCUCCGACGCUCAGCGUGCUCUGUCAGCCAGAGGGGCUCAGCCUGCGUGGCGCAGGGCGAAUUUAGGUAUGUUGAAGGGCGGCCUCUUCUGAGCCUGUCAGCCAACCUUGAAGGAACCCCGCUCCUUAAGCUGAGGAUUCCCUCCGCGUCCAACUGAGGAGGCACCGAACACCAGCCCGAGUAUCCCUUUCAAAAUUGAAGGAGCGAACUUGCGCGGAUUCAAUUCUCGAUGGACUUGGGCACCGUUCUCACUGUGGUGGACGUGGUCCGGAAGGCUAUCGCCAUCUACGAACGCAUUGAGAGCCUCCCGCAGCAGAUGGCCCGUCUGGGGCAGCAGAUGGAGCGCAUCAACAUCUUUCUUGUCCGGCUCGAAGCCUUCGUGAGGGCAAAGCCGACCACGGCUGCGGCGAUGCUGUACUCCGGGGAGAGGGAAGACCUCGCCAAAAUCCUCGGGGCGAUCCAGACCAACGCGGCCAAGGUGUACGACCUGUUCGACCGCUACGAACAGGGCAUCAUCUCUCGAUCGAUGGAGCUGGAGUUUCGCGCCAAAUGGAUGUCCCGCCUCUGGUUCUCGCUCGUCGACAACAGUCCGGACAAGAUCCAAGCUAUCAUGGAGGACAUGGACUCGGCCCUGAAAGUCUUGAGCUACUACCUGGCCCUCAUGCCCCUGAUGGCUGCCAACAACGCAGCACCUGCGUUACCUGCGUCGGCACAGCCAAGACCCGACAGGAGCCCAAGACCCGGCAGGAGCCCGAACAGGAAGACAGCAGCACCGCCACCAGCAGCAGCAGCAGCAGCGAAACACACAACCGGCUCGCCACCAUUGCCCUCGCCGGCCCCCCCGCGGCGGGAGUACAAGGUCCUCUUCGUCGACGCCUACAACACGGAUCGCAGCGUGGUCGCAGAAGCCCUGCUCAAACUGUUCAGACAGCUGACGCUCAAGGACCGGGGAGACUGGCCAAUCGCGGUGGUGGAAUCGGCGGGAUUCUUCGUCAAGGCGGGCAGCGACUGCGUCGACCUGAUCGACGGUCUGAACUACAGCUUCGAGUCGUUCAAGAAACCGUUGAUAGCGGGCGGCCAGACGCCGGGCAAGGUGCCGCUGGCGGCCGUCUUCGACAACAAGUGGUGCGACUUCCCGUUCAAGCGGGACGUCCAGACGGAACUGGCCGCGCACUCCUCGCGGGGGAUGCGGCGGGACAUGUUUGCGCGCUUCGACUUCAUCGCCGUCUUCACGCGCCGCGAGCACGACAACAUGAUCAAGCUCAGGGCGCAGGUCACGGCGGACGGGACGGCAGCAGUCCCGCGCGGCAAGGGGAGGGUAGUGCAGCUGGGGGCCUACCUGACCCGGCCCGGCGGCGUCGUUCGGGAGAUCCUGUAUCCCCUCAAGAACGGGGACGGUAGCAAGGACAGGGAGGCCUGGAAUCGGAAGGUGGCCGAGAUCAAGACGGCGCUCAAGAAGUUCCUCGAGCAGGAGAUGGACUGGAAACAACAGCUUGGCAGCGGGACAGCAGGGGCUGGAAGAAGCUAGUAGAAAUAUGCUUGCUCACCGGAAGACCGCGCUGGAUGUGGUCGGUUUGUGUU